AUGUCAAACGGUGAUGUGGAUGUCAUUUUUGUAGGCGGAGGAGCAGCGGGUCUGAUUGCUGCUGGUCGCCUGGCUGAGGCUAAGGGGGACCUUUCGAUACUUGUGAUCGAGGCGGGUGCCAAUUCACGAGAUAACCCUGCUGUGGUCAAUCCAGCAUUAUAUCCUUCCCAUCUCCAGCCGACAUCGACCACAACGAAGUUCUACAAGUCAAAGCCGAAUGAAUACCUGGGAGGGCGAGAGGUGGUUGUCCCAAUUGGCAACAUUCUUGGUGGGGGCAGCUCGAUAAAUUUCAUGGUCUAUACCAGGGCCUCGGCGGUGGACUAUGACGACUGGAACACAGAAGGUUGGACUGGGAAGGAUAUGUUACCGUUCCUUAAAAAGACUGAGCGAUUCCAAGACGACGACCUCGAAGUAGAUAAAUCCCUCCACGGAUAUAACGGGCCGCUCAGUGUUUCAGCAGGGGGAACAUUUGUGCAGGCGCCGUUCCAGAAGGCAUUCUUCAAUGCAUGCGAGCAAAUAGGUAUUAAGAAGGUCGCGGAUCUGCAGGAUCUUAAGACGGCAAAUGCAGUUGCCCGCUGGAAUAUGUGGAUCGAUGGGAAAACCGGCUUCAGGCAAGAUGUACCUCACAAUUUUAUAUUUCCAAUCCUUGAUGCAGGAAACACGCAACUCAAGGUCAUAACCGACUCUACGGUGGUCAGAGUUCUCUUUGAUGAAAAUAAGCGAGCCACGGGAGUGGAAUACGUUCCUACGCGCUCAGAUCCUUCCACUAAACCCACAAUAGUCCGUGCUAAACAGCUUGUUGUGGUUGCAGCCAAUGCGCUGGGUUCUCCCCAGAUCCUGCAGAGGUCCGGAAUUGGCAACAAAUCGAAACUCGAAGCCCUCAGUAUUCCAGUAGUCUCCGAUGUGAAAGGGGUGGGAACCAACUACCAGGAUCAUCAUGGCAUCUUCUACACUUACUACUCCAAAGCAACACCAGAGGAAACGUUGGACGGGCUGCUCAGAGGCCGACUUCCUCUCGAAGCAGCGAUGGCGCAAAAGCUAUCUAGUCCGGGCCGCCACGUGCUGGGAUGGAAUGGCCUUGACUGCACAGGAAAGCUUCGACCCACAGAAGAAGAAGUCAAAGAAUUCCCCCCUGCGUUGCUGGAAGCGUGGAACAAUGAUUUCCGUGACAGGGAGACUCGACCGUUGAUGAUAUUCGGCACAGCUGCGCUGAGCUUGGCGCAAAGAGACCCACCGCCCCAAGGACAGUAUUUCACCAUGGCCGCAUACACCGCCUACCCGUACUCGCGAGGGUCGAUUCAUAUCACGGGCAAAUCCGUCACUGACAUUCCAGAGUUUGACUCUGGAUAUUUCAAUCACCCGGCGGACCUGAUGAAGCAGGUAUGGGCCUAUAAGAAGCAGCGGGAGAUGGCACGUAGAAUCCCAUAUUACAACGGCCCGGACAGGUUUACCCAUCCAACUUUCCCGCCGGGAUCAAAGGCAGAUCCCGACGUAGUGGACGCGGCUUCCAAGGCCAAGGGAUACCCCGUGCCGAUUGAAUAUUCUGAGGCUGAUAAUGAGGCGAUCGAGAAAUUCAUCUGUGAAAAGCUCAACACCACUUGGCACAGUCUGGGUACCUGUGCAAUGAAACCGCGGGAGCAGGGAGGAGUGGUAGAUAAGGACUUGAAUGUGUAUGGCGUUGAGAGGCUCAAAGUCAUUGACCUGUCCAUUUGUCCUGGUAACGUGGCGGCAAACACGUACUCAACAGCCCUAGCUGUUGGAGAGAAAGCUGCGAGCAUCAUCGCUAAGGAUUUGGGUAUUCCUUAUACUGUAUAA